AUGCAAUGCAUUCCUCCACGCCCACUAUCAUGCCUUCAGGCUCUUAGGUGUCAAAACUUUGGCAUUAGACACUUCAACUCGAUUACCUCGACUGGUGCGCUAAGCUUGAAUCAAGUUCCGGUCCUCCCUUCAUGGGAUCCAGAACCAUUCCAUGUCCUGGCCUAUAUUCCAGCCCUGCCUUACCAAUUCCCUCGAUCGGCAUCAGAUCUCCCAUCAGCCUGUUCUAGAUGGUUCACCCAUCAGAGCUGGGUCCCCAGUGACGGCAAAGUCAAUCCUGAUCAUGCCAUUUGGGAGAUUACCAAGAGCUCUGAGUUAAACCCUUCAUUCUGGACCAAGUAUCAAGACACCUUGGUGCCACUGGAGCUCACCUCGACUAGCGAUGACAUCUCUGAGUCGUCCGAAGAGGAGACCUUUGAGCGUGUCGAAGAGGCACCGCUAGAGAUUCUGUUAACCUAUCUCUCGCCCAAGUCCAACCAGCCAACUGUACCACCUGGACACCAAAGAUCUCAGCGCAAUCACUCCAUAUACUUGGCUCAAUGCUCAUUGGCCGCCCUGCCACCAGCUCUCCAGCAGGACCUGCCCACUCCAAGUCUCAUCACUCACAAGAGCUCUUCCAGCCCAAUCAAAGGCGACAUCUACGCUUCCAGCCUCUGGUUAGGACGACCCCCAACCUACACACCUCUCCAUCGGGAUCCAAAUCCCAAUAUUUUCAUCCAACUUGCUGGUCAGAAAGUGGUGCGACUUCUGCCUCCUGAGAUUGGCGCUGCGGUCUUCGCCGACGUUCAAGCACGUCUGAACCAUCGUCAAGAUACCUCUGCCAACAUCCGAGGUGAUGAAAUGAUGAUUGGCCCAGAAAAAGCUGUCCUCCACAACGCCAUCUGGCCCAUAAAGGAUGGGGCUUCCCCCUACGAAGACUUCAUGACCACAUAUGGGCAAGAGACAACGCUUGGAAUGGGCGAUGCUCUAUUCAUACCUAAAGGAUGGUGGCAUAGUGUCAAAGGCGUGGGUACUGGGGUUACUGCCAGCGUGAACUGGUGGUUCCGAUGA